UUUUCUACGUUUCCAACGAGUGAUUUAUGACGUUUUACAUACUCGUUUUAAGCUGGCAACACUGAACGAGAUCCAAAUUUAAAUUCGAAUUUAAACAAUAUGGUGGUGUUCGGUUUCGCGGCGAAGAAUACCGUCUUCAGUUUUAGUAGAGUUUUGACCGAAAUUAGAAAUAUUUCUUUCAAGUCUUGGUUUGCUAAUACCAAAGAACCUUGUUUGAAGAAUACUUUGAACGCAAAUCCUUCUCGUCCAAAGAAACCUUUAACGUCUUAUAUGCUGUUUAUUAAAGAGAAGAGAAAUGAAAUGUUCGGUAAUAACUCGAAAGUCAGUGGUAAGGAUCAAAUAAAAAUUUUAAGUGAGAAGUGGAGGUCAUUAAGCGAGGCUGAAAAACAGAUGUACAUCAAAAAGUACCAAGAAAGUGCAAUCGAAUAUACGAAACAGCACGAGGCAUAUAUGAAUUCGUUAACUAAAGAAGAACAUCAAGCACUUGAGGACAAGUUACAAAUGAGGAAAGAAUCCCAAAAACGCCUUAAAUCUGCUCUUCAAAAAUUAGACAAGCCAGUUGGUCCCAGAUCACCUUACAAUUUUUUCAUAGCCGAAAGGGCUUCCAUGACUUUCGGUACUAAAGCAAAUGAAACACUAAAGAAAAUAGGUCAAGAAUGGAAAGACUUACCAGAAGAAAGGAAAGAGUAAUAUCUACUGAAAAUCCAAGCAGGUUUUCAUAUGAAAUAGUGUAAAUAUCCAAAUGCUGGAGUUCUUUGGACUAUAUUUUGGCUCGCAUUUAAUUAUCAGAACUAAGAGUACGUGACUAGACAGAUAUUGAAAUAUUUUUGGUGAGUGCAAAUUCUUUAAUUUUUAAAAUAAUUAUUUUUUUUUUGAAUAAUCUAAAGAUGACGAGCUUAACUUUAGGAUGGGGUUUAGUAAUGCAAAAUUCUUGCAAAAUCUAAUUAUGCUCCAAUCACAAGCUUGUUUCUAACUAAUUCCUAGCUCUUCCCCCUGCUGAGGUCUGCUGUUGUUGCUAUUUACCUCUAUGUGCCUAGUAUAAAUGUAUAGGGACUUCCAAGAAAGAAUGCUGCUAUUUUAAAUUAUUGUCAAAGAUAUAAAAGAUACGGUACUGAAUAAAAUGUGUCAAGAGUCUGAUUUAGAUUUAUUUCACAGUGAAGUGAUUAGUGAAAACAAUAUACAUUAAAACAUGGGCAAAUGUGAAACUCGGAUGGUUUUCCAAUUAUAAUUUCUCAGCACGUGCAGCAUGCAUCUAACCUGAUACUCAAAUUCUUCCUAUGUUUGCUCUGGCAUAUUCAUCUUGUAAUCUGCAGGAGCCAAAGAAUUAUGGCUGCCGCAGGAGUAUUGUGUUGCGCGAGCAAUUCUGACUGCAAAGUGGCUUCUCUGUCACAGAACUGCACUUUCUAGAAGCAGUAAAUGGUGAGACAUUUGUAUGCAGACCGGAGACGGAUUACUCUGUCAAUUGGUGUAAAUUGCAUACUUCUCCUGAUAAGAAUUAACACGAUUACAGUAAUUUAAAACGGUAGCAUUCAUUUUGGAACACACUAAUUGUUCAUUCAUCCGUCUCAGUCAAAACCACCUCUUCCAUCAUUUUAAACUGGUCCAAACUCUGAACACCAUGCAGAGAUAUUUAGAGCAAUUCUCUCCAUCCUUCAAGAAAAUUGCAAGGAAGUACAGUGGAACCCUGGGUAACGAACUUAAUCCGUUCCGCGACUCCGUUCGUUAACUGAAUUGUUUGUUAACCGAAGCAAUUUUUCCCAUAGAAAUUAAUGCAAAU